AUGCCAAUAAAGGGUUCGAGGAAGAGUCCUACGAAGGGCCCAAAAGAGGUGUGUAAAAAUGGGAGCCCUCAUGUGGGUCCUGAUUCCGUGAGGCGUAAGGAAAACCCAAGCGAAUCACUGAUAUCGCGUCUUCAGUUCAUACUUUCUGGUGCAGUGGGCGGUAGGCCGGGCGGUUGUGCUGAUCGAGUUGGUGUCACUGGGCCCCCAAAAGGUGGCGGCGAACUUGUCCGACUUGCUACUAUCCUUCACGGUUGCUUUCUAAUUACGAUGGCGGGAAAGGCGCAAUUAGGUGUUGGUAAGAUUGACCAUUGCGUCAUCGCCACCGUUGACGAACGUUGGCUUGAGGCGAUUACUAGGUACUGUGGUUUUACGGUUGUACCGCGCGAUAUCAUCGAGUGUGGGGCCGCCUUCCCUGAAUGGCUCUCUGCUUUCGAAUCGGUUGUUGAGCAUGGUGUGUCUAAUGGUGGAACAAACUGUGCACAUUCAACGCCGGUUGUCAAGGUGAAGUUGGUUCGUAACUUAGUGCCUUCCGUUGCGGAGGCGGAGCAAUUCUUGCGGGAGCGAUGGGGUGGGGAAAACUCUUGGCGCCACGGGCGAGUGGAAGAGGUUUUGAACUCCUCCAGCACUGCAGCCGUGAGUUCGAACAGUGCUGGAGAGGUUUUGCGAUUCAACGAAGGUGCUGGCGCUGCUGCGACUUCAGUUGUGGGGAGUGUUAGCGAUGAGGAGUUGCUGAGACAACUUUCUGCAGAACUGAGGGCGACACUAACCGGUGAAAGGCUUAAAGGGGUAUUGGCACAGAUGCGGAGAGAAGCACUUGGCCUUGAAGCGAGAGAGGAGGAGCUCAUUAACAGGCGACAGCGGCAGGAACGCCUUCUCUCUACAUAUGAUCUGGCGCGUGUUCUUUUAGGUGAGAAGAGAUCAGCCUGCAACGUGGCGGAGCUGGUCGAACAAAUGGUUCGGCAGAAUCGUUUUGGGGACGGGAAGGAGGGUAUCAUUGAACAGCUCGUGUGUCUUACCAAGGUUAAAGAAAGCGGUAUGACAAUAAUUAGGGUGGAUGAAGGAAAGGGCACCAAUGAGUCUAAGCGUAAGAGACGUGCGAAGGCAACUUCUGACACUGCUUCACUUACUUCGAGAAGGGUAGAGCUUAGCGCUAGUUCCACACUGAAGGAGCUGGAGAUUUCCGUUCUUCGGUUAGAUCGUACGCUGGCCUCCAGGGCUGGAUUGCACCAGGUCUUACAGCGGGAGCAACCCCAGUGA